CUGGUCUUACUGGACAGCUUCUUGCGAUAACAAUUCAACAUGAAAAACCUGAACUUGAGGUGAAGAAAACUGAUCUACUGAAACAAGAAGAAGACCUGAAAAUACAACUGGCCAAAUUAGAAGAUUCCUUAUUAGAGGAGCUAGCCAACGCUAAAGGAAAUAUAUUAGAGAAUAAAGAAUUAUUAGAUUCGUUAAAUAUGACGAAAGCUAGUAGUAUAACUAUAUCAGAUAGCUUGACGGAAUCUGUCAGAUUACAGUCAUCACUCGAUCAGGAAAGGAAUACAUAUUUACCAUUAGCAGAAAGUGGAAGUUGUCUGUUUUUUGUCAUCAGUGAUCUGGCUAAAAUUAACAAUAUGUAUCGAUUUAGUCUGGCUGCGUUCCUUCGUAUAUUCCAGAGAGCGUUACAUACUCAACAUGAUGGAAGUGGAACAGAAACCCGUAUCAAGAAUCUGGUAUAUAGAUUACAAGUCAUGGUGUAUGAAUAUGUCUGUCAGUCAUUGUUUAAAGAAGAUCGUCUCAUGUUCGCUGUUCACAUGGUUCACGGAAUGAAACCAAAACUCUUCCAAGAAAAUGAAUGGGAGGCCUUUACCGGUGUGCUAGUAGCAGAUGUUAAGGCAGAUAGCAGCAGAUCACGACCAUCUUGGGUUGAGGAGGAAAGAGGACAGGCUAUCGCUGCUUUUAAGGUCAAUUUUCCUAAAUUGUUUAACGAUAUGAAUCUAGAUGACGGAUCAACAUGGUCCAACUUUUCACGUAGUAGUCAGUGUGAACUAGAGUUCCCGUCAUCUGUAGAAAAACGGGUCUCUGCAUUUCAACAAGUGUUAUUAAUACAAGCAGUGAGACCUGAUCGACUACAGAGUGCCAUGGCUCACUUUGCUUGUAAUUGUCUGGAAAUGAAGGAAUUAUCCCCACCAACUGUUAAUCUGAAGAAACUGUACCAGGAAACAUUGUCCACGGAACCUAUACUUGUGGUCAUCUCUCCUGGUGUUGAUCCAUCACAGGAACUACAGGAACUUGCCUCGGAGAUAAUCGGUUUUGAUAAAUAUCAUCAGGUUGCUAUGGGACAAGGUCAGAGUGAGAUAGCAAUGCAGUUAUUAUCAGAAUGUGCCCUAAAAGGAGAAUGGUUGUGUUUAAAGAAUAUACAUCUAGUGACAGCCUGGCUACAAUCGUUAGAAAAGGAAUUAAACUCACUGAAACCCCAUAAUGAUUUCCGCUUAUGGUUAACGACAGAAGUGCACCCUAAAUUUCCUACGAUACUUCUCCAAUCCAGUCUAAAAAUAACAUAUGAGGCUCCCCCUGGUGUGAAGAAGAAUUUGCUGCGAUCGUAUGAGACGUGGACACCAGAAUAUAUCAGUCGAGGUGGAAGCGUUGUUCGUGCUCAAGCGUUGUUUGCCUUGACCUGGUUCCAUGCCGUAGUUCAAGAGAGAAGAAUGUACAUACCUCAGGGUUGGACGAAAUUUUAUGAGUUUUCGUUAUCUGAUUUAAGAGCUGGUGCUAAUAUUAUUGAUAGAUUGUGUUCAGGAUCAGGUCAGAACGUACAAUGGCAGUUUAUUCAUGGAUUAUUUGAGUUUGCUAUAUAUGGUGGUCGUGUUGAUAAUCCCUUCGAUAUGAGUGUCAUGGUUUCAUAUCUAAAACAGUUCUUCGAUCCUUCAGUUUUAUCUUCACAAGGAAAAACAAAACGAGUUGGACAACUAAAAAUACCAAAUUCUACCAACUAUACGGAUUAUAUAGAAGCUAUUGAAGCGUUGCCGGAAUUCGAUAAACCUUCAUAUUUUGGUUUACCUGAGAAUAUUGAGAGAUCCGCUCAACGAAUCAUUAGUUCACAAGUUAUAUCACAACUACGAAUAUUACAACGAGCAGACGUCAAGGCCAGUAAAUUUGAUAAAGAAGUGUGGGCCAAUGAAUUGGGACCUAUUCUUAAUUUAUGGAAGAAGCUGAAUCAGGGAUCUAAUUUGAUUCAACAGAAAAUAGCAGCCCCUAGUGAUAAAUCUGGAAAGGAAUUGCCCAUAGUCUCCUUUAUAUUAUUAGAGAGAUAUAAUGCUAUUCGAUUAGUUCACAAUGUUCACGCCUCACUCUCUGGACUCAGUAAGGUUAUCAGGGGAACACAACUCUUAAAUUCAGAAACACAGAAUCUAGCUGCUGCUCUUCUGAAUCAAGAGACUCCAAUUGUUUGGCUGAAAAGCUGGGAUGGUCCAGAAGAUCCAAUACAAUAUUUACGAGGUUUAGUGAGCCGUGCCCAGUCCAUGCAGAGUUGGGUAGAACGAGCUGAAGGAAAUAGUUUGUUACGAGACACUUUAGAUCUGUCAGAGUUAUUUCAUCCUGAUACCUUCCUUAAUGCCUUACGACAACAAACUGCCAGGGAAGUUGGUUGUUCUAUGGACAGUUUAAAGUUUGCGUGUAGCUGGAAGGGUAAUAUACAGGGAGCUAAAUACUGUGUUAAACUCGGAGGUCUACAGCUGGAAGGAUGUAGCUUUGAUGGAUCUAGAAUGUCAGAAAAUCAACGAGAUUCACCCAGUGUUUCUGCUAUACCCCCAUGUCUGGUUGCCUGGAUACCAGCAGAGUUCCCGGACCCAUACAGUAUAGAUGAUACAAUAUCUGUGCCGAUAUAUUACAGUAGUACCAGAGAUCAUAUUGUAGCAAAGUUAGAGUUACCCUGUGGUGGAAAUCAAAACACAUGGUUACAAUGUGGAGCUGCUCUUUUCCUUAAAAAUCACUGAAAAUUCACCUAUUGAAAACAAUAAAAAUUUUUUUAAAAAUGCAUGAAAUUUGAAAAUAUGUACAAAAAUAUUCAAACUAGCCAUAAAUAUAGAAAAUAAAAGACAGCGUUAUCAUGUAGAUUAUUCUGUAUGCCGGUUUCUAUUGGUGUAGAAUUACUUACUAAGUGUACACAUCUUUUAUUAGUCCAUUGGGUGUAGAGAUUAAAACUCAUUUUUGUUCAUCGACAUUUAUUUACUACAUAUUAAUUGUCCGUCCCUGAAAAACAUCUAAAUUAUUCUGCUGUUUACUGCAAGUAUAUGAAUCGUCCAUCCUUGAAAAACACCUUCAUUACCCUGUUUACAAAUAUAUUAAGUGCUGAAAUUAGAUUUUCAUUUUGUUUGCCAUAUUCUCAUAUAUAUUUUGUUGUGAUAGUAAAAACAUUUGUAAUUCCGUCCAGCUAAUAAUAACAUUUGGUCUGAACAUAAUUUUUUUUCAGAAUUUUUAAAAUGUUUUUUUACAGAAAUCCUGAAAUGUUAAAUUGAUAAACUUAUUUUUUUUACAAAUACUUGUUUAAAUAGAUAUUUGGAUAUAUUUAAGUUAUCAGAAUAUUGCUAUUUAUUUUCUGACUAGAGAAGUUGUAUUUGUUUACAUGUUAUAUGAACUUAAAUUUAUUUAUACUCUUUUGCUGUGUGUAAACAAAUUUUAAAUUAUUCUUUUCUUUUAAAACUAAAAUUUAAAUUCCAGACAUUUUGAAUUUUAAUAUUUCACAUUUGAAAGAAAUUUAAAUUUUUGAUUGAUUAAUGAAUUGUAUAAAUAUGUGGGAGAUAAU